GCUUCUUGUAUAAGAGGUCACCGCGUUAAAAAGUGCAACCACAAUGACCGAGAUCUUAUUCCUAUUGUAAAAAGAGGAAGACAAGUUACUCAAUGUAACCAUUGUCGUGAUUUAAGAAAGACCAAUCAAUCGCAUGUAAAAUGUACUUGU